AUGAAUCGAUUUACGGAAUUCGAACUUGAAACUCACGAAUUAAAACCUAUUGCUGGUUAUUGGACUUACGAUCUUGUUUCGCUUGAAGAAUCGUUAAAGGGAUUCUUGUCAAAAAUCAAUGAACUUAAACGUACUAUCAAGGAAGCGAAAAAACAUUGCACGCAACCAUCACCGCAUAAUCUUACGCGGGAUGAGUCUGCUGCAUUGUUUCUGUAUACCAUGGAGGCAGGCGAUCAUAGUUUCUAUCGCCUUUUAAAUCAAGUACUAAGAAAAGAAAAUCGAAAUGAAGUGAUACCGUGGUUUAGCUAUCUGAAGCUAUUCGAUACGGCACUUCGUAAAUUGCCAAAACAAAAAGGAAUUAUUUGGCGUGCUGUAGCUGGUAAUGUCACCAGUGGCUAUGCAGCAAAUAAAAUAGUGACAUGGUGGACUGUAAGUUCUUGCUCGACAUCAGCCGAUGUUGUCAAGGCUUUUCUGAAACCUGAUGAAGAAGCAACGCUCUUCAUGAUCGAAGCCGUCGCUGGAAGAAACCUGGCUGGCUAUACAAUGUAUCCUGAUGAACACGAAGUUAUAUUGGAAUUUGGCACUCAGUUACUGGUGAAAAAUAUUGGAUUUCAACAUGGCAAUUUACGUUUAGUGCAUUUAAUAGAAAUUAAUGGUGAUGAUGACGAUGAUGACGAUGAUGAUGAUAAUAGUCAACAAGGAUUAGCAGCAGCGAUGGCAUCAGUGCAUGUUCAAUAUAUUCUCUGUGCAACAGAAUUAUUAGAUGCUAAACUCGACGAUUACGCUUUCCUACUGAUUGAUUCGUUUCCAAAACGUGAUGAAACUCUUCAUUUCGAUGUGAUUAAUUUAACUAUGUUAAAUCUAUUAAAAAUUCGUUUACCAACACAUCAUUUCCGCCCAUUUUCUGCUUUAACACUUGAUGAUAUCAAUAAUAAUCUUGAAGCUUCUAUUAACUAUCAAUGUGAAUCUGAAUCUGUCAGUGAAGAACAAUUAAAUAAUUUUCAUCAAUAUAUACUAAAACGAGCUGAAAGUUUUACAGAAAAAAAGGAUCGGUGGCUUUCAAUUCAUCAACUACUUUAUCAAGCAUAUCAAAAUUUUAUUCCUUUACCGUACAUUUAUUCAAUCUACGAUACGAUGCGCGAACAAGGAUUUGAAUAUCGUCAGCAUUAUAUGCGCCCACUUUUAGUUAAAUUUCGUCGUAUAUAUAUAAAUAAUCCAAAAGAAAUGGCUAAUCAAACACGUGAACUACUUGAUUAUUUACAAAAAAAUUUUUCAAUCAAUUACGAUAAUGAAAUAAUUGAUUAUUUAGUUGAAUUUUUCUAUGAUGGAAGUCAUUUAAAGCCAUCAGAUAUUGACAUAAUAUUUAAAAAAGUAAAUAUACCUUUUAAUAAUUAUUGGUUGAACCUUUAUUCUCUAACAUUGAAACGAAUCAAUAUGGAUUUACUGAAUUCUUUAAAAGUAUUUCUGAAUAUAAAUAAAAAUGUCCGUUUUGAAUAUACACCAGUUAUACGUGAACAAACAAUGCAAGCAAUGCAAUCGUUAAUUAAUCAAUUAUACACUGAUAAUGAAAAUAAAGACUAUAAUGAAAUAUUUAAUCAUUUAAAAGAUAUUAUUGAUUUUAUUGAUACAAUUAAUAAACGUUUUAUCAAAAAUCAAAAUGAUAUUAUUUCAUUAAAUGAUUGUGUAUUAAUAUUUAUUGUUAACUGGUUUUUAGAAAAAGAUCAUAGACAAAGUGUGGAUUUAUUAAAAAAAAUUUUGAAAAUAUUUGAACAACGAUCAGGAACAAUUCCAUUAACUAAUGGAGUUCGAGAAAAAGUCUAUAAAGAAUUAGGUAUAAAAUCAUCCAAUGAAGUGAACGAUCGACUAGUAAAAAGUUUAAAACAAGAUCAACAAAAAUCUCUUAGAAUUUCAACCCUCUGUUCAUCGGAUAAUCAAUCUUUAGUCGAUGAUAGUAGUGAUAUUUAUAUCAAAUCAACAAAAUCUACACGAAACUGGACAAUUCGUGAACUUGAAGAUCAUUUAAUAGAAUUACAGCGUAAAAAAAUGAAUACAAGCGGAAUAACAAGUAAAUUACUAACAAAAUAUUGCACCGAAUGUUUGGAUAGCGAGCGUACAAUGACAACACCAGUGAGAGAAUCGUAUGUGAAACGUAUAUCUCAAUUAGAAUCAAUUUAUUUUGAUAAAACAAAAACAACAGGGUUUCCAUCAUUAGGUCUUAUUGCUAUUUUAGUUGAUUAUUAUUCAAGAGUUGAACUUAAUCUUGAUAAGGUGAUUCAUUACAUUAGUUUAUCAGAUCAAAUUGAUCCAAAAUUUAAAUUAGAUCCACAUAAAUGUGUUAGCGUUAUACGUUUACUUAUACGUAAAAAUAAAUUCGAUAAAGCAAUUGAAUUAAUUGAUUCGUUAGGAGGUUAUGAUAUUGUACCAAAUUAUAUGUAUCGUCGUGUACGAGAUUUAUUAUUAGAUUCAUAUUCAUUUAAUAAUUUCGAGCAAUUUCAAUCUCUUGUUAAUAAAUUAUUAAAAAAUAAAUAUGUCGAUCCAUCAUCAAUUGUACUUUCAUUAAUUGUUCGAAAAUCAUAUCGAGACAAUGGACCAUUACCUGCAUUUGAAACGAUUAAACAUAUUCUCGUUCAAUGGAAUAAUCUUGUUGGAGUGUUUCCAAUUAUAAGAAAAUUACUUCGUGAUGAUUGUACAGAAGAACUUAAACAGGUAUUGAUCAGAGUAGGAAAAUUUCGUUCUCGUACCUAUGCAUAUGAGCAAUUAGCAUUUGCUUUAAUUCACGAACGUCGUUUAUCUGAAGCAUAUAGAGUCUGUCAAAAUAUAAGUCGUUCAACAUUUGAAGAACAUUGCCAAAAAUAUGUUCGAGAAUUAUUUUAUUUUCCAUCAGAUAAUCAAAAUAAUGAUGAUGAAUCAACACCAAUGAAUUAUUCAUCAACAAAUGAUAUCUAUGAAACUGAUCACGUUUUUGAUACAAAUGCAAUAUCAUUGAUUAAUUUCAUUGACUACAUUGAACAAUAUCCAUCAUGUACCCGACAGUUAUCGAUAGAUGUUCUAUUUUAUAGUCUAUUUCGAGCAUAUGAAAAAACCAAUCGAUUAGAUGAAUUUACAAAAUUAAUGGCGGAGUAUUCGUCAAAAUAUGUCCGACAUUUAUCAUCCAAAACAAAAGAUGCAUUCAGUCAAGCUGGUAUCACAUUAUCAAUAAAAUCACUUUCAUCACCGAAACAAUCAAGAAAAAAUAGUCAUAAACGUGAAAGUUUUUUAGAAGAUCAUGAUUACGAAGAAGAAUCUAGUUCACAAAAAUCCCCUUUCUAA